ACUCAGUUCAGUGAAGAAGCUUCGUGGAAUUUGUCUCGGAAAGAGGAUGGCGGAUAUGGGGAGUACCCGCUCCAGGGAUGGUGGUCUCUUAGAUUUAGGCUAUGCAAGGUCCUUCUCUGGGCUUUUGAAGAUAAUGCAAGCGAUUGUGGUGUUCAUAGCAUUCAUAUGUAUACAUUGUUCAGAAUCGUCUUAUUAUUCGGCUUACCGCUAUUUUGAAGUUGUCACCAUCUGGUUUUUUGUUAAGGUCUUGGUAUUUUACUUCAUUUACCUAACAAGACUUUACCAAAAGAUGACUUGCAUACACUGGUCACUGACAGAGUUCUUGCACUAUGUUAUUGCGACCGUUCUGCUAUUGAUUGCAUCGAUUGUUGGAGCAACUAAAACGAAUGGAAAACCUGGAUUGGCUGCUGGAGUGUUCUUUGGCUUUGCAUCAACAAUUCUAUAUGGCAUUGGUGCCUGGCAGGCCUACAAGAUAUGGCGUGUUCCUCAACCAUCAACUGUUAAUGUAUAACUCAGAAGCUGGCAGCAAGCAGUUCUAUUAGAAGUUUGCAGUCCACUUGACUGUGCUUGACUUUGGAUCUGAAGAUUCAUUUUGUAAUAAUUCUGCAAGAACAUGCUUUGUACUUAAUAUUGUCAUUUGUCCAAGUUAAAUAUUAUAUUUUAUAAAUGAAGUUAAUAGUUUGUAUCAAAGACAACAUGAAUGAAAAUAUUUUGUAUAACAGCUUAAACUUAAGUGCCUGCCUUUUGGUUUACUAUUGGAUUACCACAGUCAUUGUUGUCCAAGUGCAAUUUGCUUAUACAGUAUGUAAAGCUCAACCAGUCCUUACAACCAUUUAGUGUUCUUGCUCUAAGUGCCAGUAAUGCUGCUUUAUACCCUUUUGCUUUUGCUAUGCUGGCAAAGCUUUUGAUAUUUUGUUUUGGGGCAGGAAACAUGCCCGAAUGACUGGUUUCUGUAUCUAUAUUUUUGUGAAUGUUGACAUAUUGUGUGGAAAGAUCAGUAUUAGUUUGCUUUGUAAAUAAAAUGAACCUGGUGUAUAUAUA